UUUCCGGGGGAAUAUUUACUUGGUGUAUAGUUUCCGGAAGCGCUUAGGGGGCGUCCUGUCCUAAGAUGGCGGCGCUGACAGCUCCUCGUCUGUCUCUGCUUUGGUCCCAGGCGUUUCGACCUCCCUGCCUGGCAUCCCUUCAUACUCGAGUCUGGCAACCAAUAUCAGAAAAUGAAAACAGCAUCAGCACUUUGCCAGCGAGACAGAAAAGUAGCGCUGUCACUGCAGCUAAAUCAUCAGCUCCAAGUGGAAAAGUGGAAUUUAUAGUCACCAAACUCGAUGAUCUAGUGAACUGGGCUCGAAGGAGUUCCCUGUGGCCCAUGACCUUUGGUUUGGCAUGCUGUGCUGUAGAGAUGAUGCACAUGGCUGCUCCACGUUAUGACAUGGACAGGUUUGGAGUGGUUUUUCGUGCUAGUCCAAGGCAAGCAGAUGUUAUGAUUGUGGCUGGAACGCUCACAAAUAAAAUGGCCCCAGCUUUAAGAAAGGUUUAUGAUCAGAUGCCCGAGCCACGUUAUGUAGUGUCCAUGGGCAGCUGUGCUAAUGGAGGAGGCUACUAUCAUUACUCAUAUUCAGUGGUCAGAGGCUGUGACAGAAUUGUUCCUGUGGAUAUCUACGUUCCAGGCUGCCCACCCACUGCUGAGGCUCUUUUGUAUGGUAUACUGCAACUUCAAAAGAAGAUAAAAAGAGAAAAGAAAAUCCGCCUCUGGUAUCGGAAAUAAGUGUUUUUAUUAGUUCUGUAUUUACGUUGAGGUGGUUUGGACCGGUUUGUACAUCUUUGAUGUAAUGGUGUAAUUUUGCUCUUCCACAAUGCAACCUUUGCUCUGAAAUCUCGUCGUCAUAAUUAAAGCGGAAUCACUGGCUUGUGUUAUAACAUUCAUUAAAUAAACCAUUGAGAAGA